AUGAGAUCAAGUAGUCCGAAAACAAACAACUUUGAGAUGUCUGAUGAGCGUGGUAUGGAGGAUCCAGUGGGGGGUCUUAGCAGCAUGCCGACUACCCCAGUUCAAAAGACACCCAUACGGGGUUCUAAUAAUGAAGAGGCCGUGACUAGUGUGGUUCUAAUGCGGUCUGCUACACGGUUGAAAGUACAUCCGCAUGGAUUGUCAGCGAAGAAGAAGCUAGAAGAGUGUGAGUCUGUUCAGGGGUCUCUUGAGGUACCGGUGGUUGUCGAGCAGUGGACGGAUAGGUCGUUGGACUGCGUUAGGAGGAGUGAAGAGGAGGGGAAGCAGAACGCGUUAGAGAGAAUUGAUAUCAAUCGAAUGUUCUCGACGAGUCAGGAAAAUGUCGAAGGUGUGGAAGAGCCUAUGAUUCGUAUGAACCGCUCGCCUUUGAGGCUUGAUAUGAGCUCGCCGAUCAAGACAAAUACGAUUGAUGACGAAGGUCCACAACCAAAGAGACUGAAACUGGAAUUAGAAUGUGUACCAAGUUUGCCACAACCAGAUGAUGAGAAGGAUGGCGCUAAUGAGCUUGUUGGCUCACCUGAGGUUAUUGAGAUGAUAGAUACGAAGAGCAGUCCAAUGAGGGAGUUUAGUCACGCUGAAUGUGAGGAACAUAGAAACGAAGGGUUUGAUGGAACUCCUAGACGACGUAUCUCCAGUUUGCAUACUUUAACUCCUAUACGCAAGAACACUGAUGAGAUAUAUAAUCUUUCGGACGGUGCUGAAUUAGGUGAAGGAUAUCAUAUGAUUACUAGUCGAAAUGAAGAGUUGGCCAAACAAGUCCACGUACUAAAUCAGAAGUUAAAUAAGAUGAUGACAAGUUGUGAUGUCGCUUUUUUCCAUUACAAGAAAAUGAAGGCUGAUUACGAGACCCUGUCAGUAGACUGUGAACAGAAAUUGAAUAAGAGCUAUGAAGAAGUGCUAGCGUUAAUAAAGGAACGGGACAGGUUUAAAGAAAGGGCCUACAAGUUAAAAACCCGCAUAGAUGAGUCAACCGAUGAGUUCCAUAUGCUCAAGCAGAAUCAAUCUAUUCUACAAGGUAAAUAUGAAACGCUUAUCAACGAGUCUGAAACUAGCAAGCAAAGGGAAACCGAGCUGGGUGUUGAGUGCUCUUCCCUGAAGGGAGAGGUAGCGAGAUGUUCAAAAGAACGUCAGCUUUUGGAUGAAGAGCUGAAGAAUGUUUCGACUCAACUGCAUGAUGUUACUACUCGCAAUACUAUGCUUGAAGAUCAUAACGAAAAGUUAAGGGAAGAGAUAUCUGACUUAAAAGAAAGACUCACAACUAAAAAUGGCGAGUUAGAAAGGUUGCAAAAGCAGCUAGAUGAAACGAUAAGUGCCGGAAAAGGGGCAAAUGAUGAAGUAUUGGCAGAACUCAACGAAGUGAUAGCCCAGAGAGCAAAUCUAGAAGCUGAACUCGAGGCUUUAAGAGUAGCUUCCGAAGCUGACGGGAACAAGCUGAGAGAUCAAUUACAUGAAGCGGUAACGCGUUCAAACUUGAUGGUUUUAGAAGUACAGGAGCUUAAGGAUCAUUCCGAUGGGCUCCAGGCAGGACUGAAUGCAAGAGUAUCUGAAAUUGAGCAAAUGAGUAAAAAAAUUGAAGAACUCAAUGAUGAUGCAGAAAUUGGGAAAGCAGAGAUAAAGGAGUUGCAAGAGGAUAAACUAGAGUUAGAACGUACAAAUGCGUGUUUGGAGAGUUCUAUCGCAGAAUUAGAAGACAGUGUGAGAAACUGGCAGGCAAAGUACCACGAACAAGAGGAGAAAGAUAAGAUUUCGCUCGAACUCGAAAGCAUACAGUUAAAAAAUAACAAUAUUGAGGCAGAACAUUUAGCAGAGUUAGAGCAAUUGCAUAGUAAUUUGAGCUCUCUUCAAGAUGCUUUGAAGGAAAAUUCAGACGUUAUCACUGAUCUGAAAAAUCUAAAUGAAAAGCUGAGAGAAGAUAAUAAAGCUUUUGAAAAAAAAUAUCAGGAGGCUCUGAAGAAUGAAUCUAGAGAAUCUGAUCUCCGACUCGUUGAAGCAUUAAAAAAAGAAGUGAUAGCAUGGAAAGAAAAGUAUCAGUUGAAGGAGCAAGAAUCGAACAAAUCAUUGAAACUUCUUGCCGAAGAUCUCUACAUUCAGUACUCAUCAAAACAUGAACAAAAAGUGAAAUUACUGAAAAAGGGCUACGAGACGAAGUUUCAGAGCAAGCUAGACAAGAUUACACUGCAAAAUGAAGGUCUCACACAGGAAAUUGAUUUAUUGAAAAAUCAAUUGGCAUCUGAGAGGAAGGAGAAGCAAAAGCUGCUUGAGGUGCUUGAGUCAAGGAAAAGUUAG